AUGGAUUAUUACAAAGAAAAUAGGGAGAAAAAGUUAGAAUCAAGAAAAUCCAUGACCGAUACCCCAACAACACCACUACUUGACAACUCUUAUCAAAACCACAACCGCCACUUCUAUUUUAACCGCUUUAAUUCAUUUCCCAAUUCCGCCGUUGAAAUGACCACAACUAUUCCUCCUAAGCAUCUUCGUUCAGUGUUCCUUGGUGUUGAUGUUGGUACUGGUAGUGCUCGUGCAGGUCUCUUUAAUGAGGAGGGGAAGCUUCUAGGUUCUGCCAGUAGCCCAAUACAGAUAUGGAAAGACGGUGACUGUGUUGAGCAAUCCUCGACUGAUAUUUGGCUAGCAAUCUGCACUGCGGUAAAAACAGCAUGUUCCCUCGGAAAUGUUUCCAAGGAAGAAGUUAAGGGACUGGGGUUUGCUGCUACUUGUUCUCUUGUUGCUGUUGAUUCUGAGGGUGAACCUGUCACGGUUUCCUGGAGUGGUGAUACUAGAAGGAACAUCAUAGUGUGGAUGGACCAUAGGGCUGUAAAACAAGCUGAGAGGAUCAAUGCCUCUAACUCACCUGUAUUGCAGUACUGUGGUGGAGGCGUUUCCCCCGAGAUGGAGCCACCAAAGCUCUUGUGGGUGAAGGAAAAUCUCCAAGAAUCCUGGUCAAUGGCAUUUAGGUGGAUGGAUCUAAGUGAUUGGUUAACAUACAAAGCAACAGGAGAUGACACAAGGAGUCUAUGCACCACCGUCUGCAAAUGGACAUAUCUAGGUCACGCGCACAUGCAGCAGAUAAAUGAGAGAGAUUCCCGUGAUAUGGAAGCUUGUGGAUGGGAUGAUGAAUUCUGGGAGGAGAUUGGUUUAGGUGAUCUUGUUGAUGGACAUCAUGCUAAGAUAGGCCGAAGUGUAGCAUUCCCUGGUCAUGCAUUGGGUUCGGGUUUAACACUGGAUGCUGCAAAGGAAUUGGGCUUGAUGGCGGGGACACCUGUAGGUACUGCACUGAUAGAUGCUCAUGCUGGUGGUGUCGGUGUAAUGGAAAGUGUGCCUGCAUCAGAUUCUGAAUCUAUAGUUGAUGAGGAUGCUAUAAGUAGGCGUAUGGUGCUCGUAUGUGGUACUUCCACAUGUCACAUGGCUGUAUCCAGGACAAAGUUAUUCAUACCUGGAGUUUGGGGACCUUUCUGGUCAGCAAUGGUGCCUGAGUACUGGCUCACUGAAGGAGGACAGAGUGCCACUGGUGCAUUGCUAGACUAUAUUAUUGAAAAUCACGUUGCAUCCCCACAUCUUGCAAAUCGUGCUGCAUCUCGAAGAAUCUCAAUAUUUGACUUGUUGAAUGAGAUAUUGGAAUCAAUGAAGCAAGAUGAGGGAUCACAAUUUAUAUCUGCAUUGACUAAGGAUUUGCAUAUCCUCCCAGAUUUUCAUGGUAACAGGUCCCCAAUUGCAGACCCGAAGUCAAAAGGGAUGAUUUCUGGUUUAACACUUGACACUAGUGAAAAGCAGCUGGCACUUCUCUACCUUGCGACAGUACAGGGCAUUGCAUAUGGAACCCGCCAUAUAGUAGAGCACUGCAAUGCUAAUGGACACAACAUUGACACCCUACUUGCCUGUGGUGGACUUGCAAAGAAUCGACUAUUUGUUCAAGAACAUGCGGAUAUUAUUGGUUACCCUAUCAUUCUUCCACGCGAAAAUGAAUCUGUGCUAUUGGGCGCUUCUAUUCUUGGUGCUGUUGCUUCAAAGAAAUAUCCUACUGUUCGUGAGGCCAUGAAAGCAAUGAAUGCUGCUGGUCAGGUUGUGUAUCCAUCUAAAGACCCAAAAGUGAAGAAGUACCACGAUGCCAAAUACAGCAUCUUCCGCGAGCUUUAUGAGCAGCAACAGAAGCAUCGUUCACUUAUGACCGAGGCUUUGUCAUGAGAUUCUUUCUCUUGUAUUUCUUUGACCUUUAUUUGAUGUAUAAAAGGCAUUUGAAGAUGUAUCACUAAUUCAGCAAUUAUCAAGUGUACAGUUUUUUUUUUUU